AUGGAGCAUACAUCUCCUGUUGCGCGUGACAAUGCUGCUUAUCGUCGAGAGCGUAGGCAGCAACUGCAAACGAUUUUCUCCGCGCAAAAGCGGAAGGAGCGCGACUUGCAUGAUGAGAAUGACGAGGAGGAGGAGCAAGGGUACGAUGAAGGACACAGACAGACGCCAUCACGCCAUCGAUCAUCGACGCAAGAGAAGAAACGAGUGCGGCGUGCAACGAGCCAUGACCUGACUACAGGAUCUAGCGUAGAGCGCGAGACCCAGGAGCAGGUGGAGCUGUUUGUUACUCCCCACCGCAGUCAGCAACAACAGCCUGAGCACGAGGUCACCGAGAUAGACAACGACCCAGUUGGACAAGACGAGCGCAACCGUCACAGAGUCGUGGUGCACCAAAUCGAUGGAACUGGUGAGGGCACACUUGGCGAAUAUGGGCCGGAUAGGGCUAUGCCGUCUGUUGAGACACCAGGAGGGCAAGAGCGUCGACCGACUGCGUCUCGCGUUUCCAAGCCGCCUCGACGGUCUCGAUCACAUCCAACAGCACCGGCUCCCAACUACGGGUACCUCGAUAUAAUCAAGACCAUCCCUGCCCCAGUGCCAGUGUCCUAUAUUGCACCGGGGUCGUCGAGACGGAGGAGCACUAGCCGCAAAUCGUCUCGCCAUGCCACGCCGAUAGGACGUCCGAUUUCAGCCAACAGUCCCAGACAUCGACGUAGCACAUCGUCCCAGGAGCACGAGUAUGAGCCUGGCCCUGCUGUCAAGACCCCUUUGGCCACACUUGAAGAGGACGCUGAGCAUAUGGAAGAACAUCACGAUAGUCAUGACGAGGAUGCGAUCUUGCAAGGCAGCGGACACCAAGAAAAUGCAAUAUCUGGAACGACAACACCAAGCAUACAUGAAGAAGAGGUUCUUGGCCAGAUACGAGUCUCAGGCAACUCACAGGACUUUCGAAUUCGUAAGAGUGCCACUCCUUCGCACAAAGGUCUCGAACGAUCCAGUGGACGUCCGUCGCAAGUCCGCAGUGAUAUCCAGACUGCGUCUCAUGAAGACGAAGCACUCGACCAAGGAUCUUUCCGCCCGGAACCAUUCCAAGAAGACAAACAUGGUGCGGUGGUACGACAAGGUGUAGCUACACGCCCUAAACGCAAUUCCAUGGCUGGAGCAUUUCCAUCCUCACGCCAAACUAGCCUUGUGCCAGUCGAGACUGAAGUCGCCGUCGAAAAGCCACCUCAACGUGGAGAAACUUCAGACCAUAUCGGAAGCGCUUCCAAGAACGAACGUAGUACUUUCACUACGUCUAAUCCAAGUUCGCCUAGGUAUGCUCAGCCAAUUGUCAAGAAGGGAGAUAUAUACGUCGAUUUAGGAUCCGAAAAGAGAGUGGAGCCCAGCAACAUGAGAGUCAAAUAUGCUUCCGCUUCUGCUGCAUCAAAUCACCGUACAUCGAAGACGAGCUUGGAAGAUGCUCGAAUUCUCGACGACAAGUCUAGAAGUAGCCACGCGCCCGUAUCGAGCCCGACCGCCACUGCCAUUCAACAAAGUCCGGGCUAUCUGUCAAACAGUCAUGUUGGAUCUAUGAGGACUGGUGAGCAGUUUCUCCCACGAAAUUCCAAUGCAGGCGAUGGCGAGACGGGUGAACCACCCACCAACGAAGCCCGUAAAGACCAUAGGAAACGUAUUGAUGGAACUGUUUCUAGCAUUACUCGAAGCACGUCGGACAAGUUUCCCAUCCAGGUUCCCAAAGCAACUGGUCCAAACACCGAACCUGACGAUGCACGCUCUGGGGAAACGGGGUAUGGAGAUGUCAAGGAAACUUUGUCCAUGAAAGCCAUCGUCAAGCAGGUCAUUGGCGAGUUGGACAGGCAUGUCGUCCCGCAACUUGUUAGGGCCUUGGAUGAUCCCACUGUCGUUCUUGGGUUGCAAGGUGUAAUACGUGGCAUGUCUGCCAGCAUACAGCCUUUUGACGAGAGUGCUCUCACUGGACUCCGAGAGAGUGUACAGCGCAUGAUCCAGCCAGUUCAGGACAAGAUUCAGGUGCUCAUGACUUCUACAGAUGUAUUGCACCAAUCGGUUGGUAGAGUCCAAGCACUUCCCCAACUUGACGGGCAGUCCGCUACUCGCUUAGUUCGAGAUGACGUCCAAAGAGCCUUACAAGCAAUGGCCAACGCCUUAACCACCAACUUCCAGGAUACGGACGCUUGUACACAGAGACUCGCUGAAAUCAUAAGAGCCUUUGGCGUCCAACAAGCAACUCGGCAGCAUCGCAUUGAAGGGGGCCUUGAGCAGAUAUAUCAGCAGAAUAUGCUAACCCAUCAAGGUCUGGAAGUAUUCUGCCAGCAGCUCGUUCGCGAAAUAGGUGCUCAAAUUCAAGGAGCCAGACGCGAGGACCUGGCCAAACAGGACCAGUGGCAGAACCGGCUCGAGUAUGGUCUUACCAAUAUGCAAGAAGGCAUCAUCUCGGAACUCGCUGCUCAACGCAUGCAGCUGAGCAACAUUGCCGCCGAUGGGAACCGCGCUUUGGAGAAAUUCUCGAAAGACCAGGCUACUACUCAUCAGACGCAAGCACAACGUCAUGAAGUACUGGUCAGCAAACUCGACAAGGCGGUCGAGGGUAACCAAGUCAUAGCUGAGGGUCAAGACGAUAUUGUGAAACGGCUCGAGCAUACUCCCAACGAAGAAGGAAGAGAGAAGGUGAUGGAAGCCCAGUCGACCUUGACCGAAACACCUGGAGCUGUGAAUUCCAGCGGAUUUCGUGACAUCAUCAUCAAUAACCCAGCCUCCGAGUGGCGCAACGCACCCGCCCUCGACGCCAACCCCAGCAUGUCUCGAUUCAAUGUGGAGAUCGAUAGGCUAGGACAAUCUGUGCUCAAGGUCGAAGGCGAGAUUGCCCGGAACACCCAUCAGCUACGCUCCGAGUAUAUCUUGGCGGUUGAGCAACGCUAUCAGGCACUCGAUACCAAGAUUGCCGAAUUGCAUAAGACGUAUGGAUCUGGCAGCGAAGAGAAUGGCAAGCUCGUAGCCCAGGUCAUUGGCGAGGUGAAGAUGUUGAAGGAUAGUGUCGCGAAGGUCUUACUAAACUCUGAAAGCCAUGACAAGAAGCUUAACGACGUCCUGGAAAGCAUGGAGGGACUCAGUCUGCAACAAUCCAAUGUGAAGGAGAUUGUUCAGAGCAUGGAGAAGCUCAAUAUCGAGAACUGGUUCGAGAUGAGAAUGGAGAUGAAGGAACUGAGGGCGAUUGUUGACAUGCUCAAGCCAGUCUUGCAUCCCACAAUGUCAGAGAUCCCAUUGACUCGUGCAUCUAGCGAUCAGAACGCUACAGAGGCCAUGCUCCACGAACAAGUAACGGUGCUGGAGGGGGAACUGGAAAAAGGUGACGCUUCGCGUGGGGACCUCGAAAAGCAGCUCACAACACUGGCACGGAAGCACAACGAGAACGCCAUUGCCACCAAAGGCGCACACAAGCGGCCAAUAGCAGAGAAGGACGGUGCCAUCACUGGCCUACACACAGCCCUUUCCGACCACCAAGCCCAGCAAUCCAGCAUCCGAGUGCAGUACAACGACCACCAAGCCAAAAACCUUGCUUUCAACAAUCGCCAUAGCCAAACAACUACCACCGACUACAACCGAGACGACAAUGACAAUGACAAUGACAAUGACAAUGACAAUGACAGUCUCUAUGCCCUGCCAACACCACCGAUGCCACCACCUAGAAACGAUGAUACUGUGUCAGAUUCAAAAGUUCCUAAUGUGGCACAAGCCCGCAUAGAAUUUCUCAUGCAUGACAUCGCUCGCCUCCGGAAAGCGCUUGAAGAUGAGACAGCCAAGCGCAAGAGGUCACAGGAGUUGGUUGGCAACAUGGUGGACAUGAUGAGUACCGAUGAGUCUUUAAGACGCAAGCUCAACAUCUCUACGCUCUGCAUCCCAGAUCCGCAGAUACAAGCCGAGUCGACUAAUGGUAUUCCACUAGAGACACGAUUCGCACAUCAGGAUACGAAGAUACACCGUUUAAGCGAGGCAUUGAAGGAUGAAAGCAGUCGUAGGCACCGCUUUGCGAAACAAAAUGAUGACCUCCUUUGUGUCAUGGAGAAAGUCGCCCAGUUAGAGCAUAAGAUGGAGUCUGUCAAGGCCGGCUACAUCAAUGGCGAGGAAUUCGAAAAAGGCGUUCAAGAGCUGCGGAGCGGAUCUCGAAGCAUGCAAGCGAAGACGGCCGGUGGUGGCGUGGACGUAAACGCGGUAUUUGGCACGGACGAUGGGAAGGGGAAGGGAAAGGCAACAUUGAGAGCCUUCUCGCCACCUCCAAUAGUCGUACGUACAUCCAGUGUGCACGAAGAGCGGUCGCUAUCAGGUGGAGAUGACGAUGGGGAGGAAGAGGGAAGUGAAGCUUGGGAUACGCAUAUGUCUUAUUAA